UGUUAAAUCUUUCAGAAAAAGCACAGCCAGCGAAAAGAGUCGCAUACGCAAACAAACUGCAGGGAUAAAGCCAGAAAACGAUCGCCAAAUCCGGCCGGAGGAAGAGAAAACCGAAGAGAGACUCCACCUCUGUAUCUCCGGUGAUUUGCAGUCGAGGGAGAGAGAUGGCGGAUCAGUUUGUUUGGGGAUGGAUCCUGAGCUCAUUGCUGGCGCUCGUCGCGCUUUUCGGUAUGGCGGUUCGGAAACCGAGGAGAGAUGGAAUUUCGAGGAGGAGCGAGUGUGUGAAGAGUGUGGCUGCAGUUAGCGGAGAAUGUAGAUCCGAUAACGGUGGCGCCGACGUUAUCAUCGUCGGAGCCGGCGUCGCAGGCGCUGCUCUGGCUCACACCCUUGGCAAGGAUGGACGUCGAGUGCAUGUAAUUGAAAGAGAGCUGACAGAGCCUGAUCGAAUUGUUGGGGAACUGCUACAACCAGGGGGCUAUCUCAAGUUACUUGAGUUAGGACUUGAAGAUUGUGUGGAGGAAAUUGAUGCUCAACGGGUAUUUGGUUAUGCUCUUUUCAAAGAUGGAAAACAUACACGACUGUCGUAUCCCUUGGAAAAGUUUCAAUCAGAUGUCUCUGGGAGGAGCUUUCACAAUGGCCGUUUCAUACAGAGGAUGCGGAAGAAGGCUGUUUCUCUUCCAAAUGUUCGAUUGGAGCAAGGAACAGUUACUACUCUUCUUGAAGAAAAAGGCACAAUUAAAGGAGUGCAGUACAAAACUAAGGAUGGCAAAGAAUUGACAGCAUUUGCACCUUUGACUGUUGUUUGUGAUGGCUGUUUUUCAAACUUGCGUCGCUCCCUUUGCAACCCUAAGGUAGAUGUGCCUUCUUGUUUUGUUGGUUUGGUCCUUGAGAAUUGCCAACUUCCAUAUGCAAAUCAUGGCCAUGUUGUACUGGCAGAUCCAUCCCCCAUUUUGUUGUAUCCUAUCAGUAGCACGGAGGUUCGCUGUCUGGUUGAUGUACCUGGUCAGAAGGUUCCUUCUAUUGCAAGUGGUGAGAUGGCUGACUAUUUGAAAACUGUGGUAGCCCCUCAGGUUCCCCCAGAACUCUAUGAUUCAUUUAUUGCUGCAGUUGAUAAGGGAAGUAUAAGAACAAUGCCAAAUAGGAGCAUGCCAGCUGCUCCAUAUCCUACUCCUGGAGCCUUACUAAUGGGGGAUGCAUUUAACAUGCGCCAUCCUUUAACUGGAGGAGGAAUGACUGUGGCACUGUCUGACAUUGUAGUCCUACGGGACCUUCUUAGGCCUCUUCGUGACCUAAGUGAUGCACCCACACUCUGCAGAUAUCUUGAAUCUUUCUACACCCUGCGCAAGCCUGUGGCAUCCACGAUUAAUACAUUGGCAGGUGCCUUGUAUAAGGUUUUCUGUGCUUCACCUGAUCAAGCGAGAAAGGAAAUGCGCCAAGCUUGCUUCGAUUAUUUAAGCCUUGGGGGUGUAUUUUCAACAGGUCCUGUCUCACUGCUUUCUGGUUUGAACCCCCGACCCCUGAGCUUGGUUCUACAUUUCUUUGCUGUGGCAAUAUAUGGUGUUGGUCGUUUGUUACUACCCUUCCCUUCACCUAAGCGAAUCUGGGUUGGAGCUAGAUUGAUUUCUGGUGCAUCAGGAAUAAUCUUCCCAAUUAUCAAGGCAGAAGGAGUGAGGCAAAUGUUUUUCCCAGUAACUGUUCCGGCAUAUUACAGGGCUCCUCCUGUUAAAUAUGAACAAGAUUGAAAAGAGAUGUAUAACUGAAAUUUACCAAAUUAUUCAGCUCCUGCCAUGACAUGCUAGUUUGCAUCAUCUUCAGUAAAGAGAAGAAACAAAGCAAGAUUGUAUCUUUACAUCCCCUUCCUUGUUCAAACGAAGUCAACGGGAAGCAAGAAAUGUGCAUUAGUCAACAGUUUGGUUGUAGGACCUUCGCUCUUUAGGCUGUUCAUAAUUUUUGUUCUGAGAGACUUUCCAACUCCAUGUUGAAUGAUAUCUUCAGAUUGCUUAAGUCCCUGUUCUUUUGUAAAAUGAAUGCAAAGCUUUUGUCAUGCUAAUCAUAUUUUUCUUUCACCAGCAAUAAGCAUUACGGUUUGAA